GUCUUCCUUUCUUCAAUCAAUCAAAGUGUGAUUCAAUGUCCUUUUUUAUCCCCGUUUUCAAUUCACCAACAAAAGCAAGAAACCCAACAAAACAAGCUGAAGCAGAGGAGCUUUUGUCGUUUAAUAAUGGCGGAUUCAUACCCUCCCUUCACGACCAGACCCUCCACAAAGGCCAACACCAUAAACAGAAACGACAGUUGUAAUAACUACACGCGCCGCUUUCUUGGUAAGUUUAUGUUUUUCACUUUCUUUCUCAUCGCAAUCACAUUGUUCCCUUCCCAAGCUCCGAAGUUCAUCAACCAAACAGUGCUAAACCAGUUUUGGGAACUCCUCCAUCUUUUGUUCAUUGGCAUUGCAGUUUCUUAUGGCUUGUUUGGUCGUAGAAAUGUUGAUGAUGUUACUCAUGAUGAUUCUCAGUCGAAUGCUCCUGCAAUUUCUAAUUUUUCGUCUGUUUUUGAAGAUGGUUUUUACGAUUAUUCGAUGUACUGUAGUGGACAGGGUAAAGCCGGGAUUUUUAAUGUUAAAAAUGGUAGCUUUGAGAACCCUCACGAGGAAAACGUUGUUCAAGCUUGGAGUUCAAAGUAUGUUCAAGGGGAACCCAUGGUUGUGUUGGCUGAACCACAUUGUGAAUUGAGUUCGUUUAUUGAUCAUAACCCUUUGGGGUUGCCUGUUAGGAGCUUAAAAUCAUGGGUUGAAAGUGGGGUUAGUUCUGAAUUUGGCAAUGGAGUAAGCGAGUCUUCUGGUAAAAGUGUGAUGGAUUCGUCGGAUAAUUCAGAUAAGAUUGAAAGUUUGGGGUUUAGUCAUUUAGGGUCUGAAAAUUUUGAGGGGAAGUAUGAGGAGAGUGAUUUAAGGUCUUUAAGGACGAGACAGAGAGUUGGUGGUGGUGCCAUCCUGCCUACUCAUUUUAGGCCACUCUCAGUUGAUGAAACUCAAUUUCGAUCACUCAAAUCACAGUCUUUACAUUCCCAACUUAGUUCAUAUUCACCGAGUAGCCUGUCCGCCUCACAUUCGAGUUCAUCCGAAUCACCGAAUUCCAAAACGACUGAAUCCCUCAAUGAAGGGAGUUCCCAUCAGUCGUUUCCCCAUAGGUCGGUGAAUGCAUCGCAUUCUCGGCAUUAUAGUGAUGGCUCAUUGUUGGGGACACGCACUAGGAAAUGCUUCGAGGAUGAGCUGAAGGGAUUCUGUGACAGCAAAAAGGAUGAUUCACCAAGUAGUAGUGGUACUAAAGGGUGGAUUUCAAGUUAUCCUUUAAAAUUUGAUGCAAAGCCUGUAGCUCCCUCUAAAGCUUCCCUGAGAGGGAAGUCUGUUAGGAUGUUUCGGACCUUUAGAGGUAGUGGCAGUGCCAGAGGGCCCAGGGAAAAUCAUCCCAACAAACUAUCCUCUAAAGGUGAAAGUGAACCAAAAUUUGGACAUUAUAAUCUCUCAGUCGGGUUCAAAAGGCUGAAUCUUGGAGGUAACUCUGACAUUCAAAACUCAACAUUCUCUAAAAACCAUAACCGAGAACAACGAGAGUGGUCGGAGAGCGAGGAUGAAGGUUUUCGAGUGAGCUCGGGUGAAGAAACCAUAUCCGGGAGUUUGAGUGUAGCAGGAAAUGAUAGUUAUGAGGUUGAUAGGAAGGCUGGUGAGUUCAUAGCCAAGUUCAGACAACAGAUUAAGCUUCAAAGAACAGCAUCAAUAGAUUCACUGAAAGGGCUCAACACAUCUGGUAACUUUUUCAAGCUCGCUUUGAAUUGAGGAUUCUUCGUCCUCGUGUCCUAGU